AUGGAUUGGAACAAGGAUGAAGAGAGUGAAGGGCAUCAAAUAUAUCUGGGGACUCCUUUUCCAGAGAACAAUUAUGAAUAUAAUAAUAAUGGCGAGUUCUUUAAUCAAGGAACCAAUCUUAUUAAACCUAAGAGCAUACAUGUGGGAGAGAAUCCUUCUAAAUAUCCUGAAUGUGGGAAAAUACUAAGCCAGUCACUUCAUAUUGGUGAUCGAAAGAGGAUUCAUGUGGCAAAUAACCCAUAUUCAUGCUAUGAACCUGGGAAUAUGCUAAGUCAUUCAUCAAGACUACGUAUAAACAAGACAAUCCAUACUAGACAGAAAGGUUACAUUUGUAAGGAGUGUGGCAAAGGCUUCAACGGGCACUCAGCACCAAUUCAACAUCAACAAGUGCACACUGGAGACAACGCUUACAGAUGUAAAGAAUGUGAGAAAGCAUACACACAUAAAAAUUGUGGGAUGACCUUUACCCAGCACUCACCUCUUACUGAACAUCACCAAAUCCAUACCGGAGAGAAACCUUACCAGUGUCAAGAAUGUGGUAAGGCUUUUACCUGCUCCUCAAACCUUACUCGACAUCACAGAAUCCAUACUGGAGAGAAACCUUACCAAUGUCAAGAAUGUGGCAAGGCCUUUAUCUACCCCUCACACCUUACUCAACAUCACAGAAUCCAUACUGGAGAGAAACCUUACCAAUGUCAAGAAUGUGGCAAGGCCUUUACCCACCCUUCAUACCUUCCCAAACAUCACAGAAUCCAUACUGGAGAGAAACCUUACCAAUGUCAAGAAUGUGGCAAGACCUUUACGCAGUACUCAUCCCUUACUCAACAUCACAGACUCCAUACUGGAGAGAAGCCUUACCAAUGUCAAGAAUGUGGCAAGGCCUUUAUCUACCCCUCACACCUUAUUCAACAUCACCGAAUCCAUACUGGAGAGAAACCUUACCAAUGUCAAGAGUGUGGAAAGGCCUUUACCAAAUCCUCACACCUUACUCAACAUCACCGAAUCCAUACUAGAGAGAAACCUUACCGAUGUCAAGAGUGUGGCAAGGCCUUUACCAUCUCCUCACACCUUACUCAACAUUACCGAAUCCAUACUGGAGAGAAACCUUACCAAUGUCAAGAGUGUGGCAAGGCCUUUACCAACUCCUCACACCUUACUCAACAUCACAGAAUCCAUACUGGAGAGAAACCUUACCAAUGUCAAAAAUGUGGCAAGGCCUUUACCAACUCCUCACACCUUACUCGACAUCACAGAAUCCAUACUGGACAGAAACCUUACUGAUGUCAAGAAUGUGGCAAGGCCUUUACCCAUUCCUCACACCUUACUAAACAUCACCAAAUACAUACUGGAGAGAAAUUUACCAAUAAACCUCACUAAUGUCAAGAAUGUGGCAAGGCCUUUAUCCAACAUUCACACCUACAUAUAAACAAGACAAUCCAUACCGGACAGAAGGGUUACAUUUGUACGGAGUGUGGCAAUGCCUUCAACAGGCAUUUAGCCCUAAUUCAACAUCAGAAAGUGCACACUGGAGAGAACGCUUACAAAUGUGUAGAAGGUAGAAAAGCCUUUAAUUAUGGCUCAACAGUAAAUGGACAUAGACUAACUCCUACUGGAGAGAAACCUUACACACAUAAAAAAUGUGGGAAGGCCUUUACCCAACAAACUGCCACUGAUCAAGGCCUGCGCAUCACCGGAAUGCGUGUCAUCUUACAGCAUCCAGUCCUCAGUAACACGUAG